UUGCGCUACUGUAUAUACUGUGGUAUUACUCGAGUGCGCGACCUGUCCUAACCUGUGUCGAGGUUUGUUUACGCCUGGCUUAAUAAUCCAAAGGACGGUUGAAGGCGAUCUUGUUCCAAUCGGAACAAUUUAAAAAAAAAUUGUUCACGCCUCGCUGAUUUAAAUGGUUUACGCUUUACAUGAUUUCUCGUCGAGAUCAUUCUCGUGGAGAAUAUCAUAGAGGACAUGAAAAAUAAAGUAACAUAGAGGCUAUGAAUAAUAAAAUAACGACUCAUCUGCCAGUUGCUUCGCCGUCGUUUUCCCGCUGGAUAAUCGUGCUUUUGUCACUUUGUUUCGUUAACAGUUACGACGGAGACUUUGUUUUCGACGAUACCGAGGCUAUCGUCAAUAACGAUGACACGCGCGUCACCCCUUUGCGGGAGAUAUUCAAAAAUGACUUUUGGGGUACGAGGCUGUCCCAUAAACAAAGCCACAAGUCGUACAGACCUCUCACCAUCUUGAGCUUCAGAUUACACUUUUGGCUGCGGCAAGAUUCGGUGCCGCAAGACUAUCACGUUGUGAAUAUAGCGCUGCACGGCAUAAAUUGCUUGCUGACUCUACUGGUGUACAAUGUACUCCUGGGUCCGCGAGGACGAGACAUCUCGUUUUACGCCGCAGCCUUGUUCGCGGUUCAUCCGGUCCACGCGGAAGCGGUAUCUGGCAUAGUAGGACGUGCCGAGUUACUGUGCACCUUGUUUACUUGGCUGUCAGUUUUGUCGUACGAUCAUGCGGUGCGUGCCAGGGAUGCCCGGCACACGUGGGCCGCUAUGGCCGGUUGUGCCGUUUGCGCGAGCGUGGCGAUGCUGUGCAAAGAGACUGGAAUCACUGCCAUCGGCAUCUGCGCUAUAUACGAUAUAAUCGUGAUCAAUAGGAUACACCCGAUCGACGUGAUUGAUCGGCUGCUUAAACGUUCCUACGUGGACGUCCGUCGGCUUUGGAAACCGGUUUGGUAUAAAAGUACAGUAUCGCGACUCGUGGCGCUCGUUUUCGUCGCAACGACGCUUCUAUCUCUGAGAUUCAGCGUCAUGGGGUUCUCCACGCCAAAGUUUCAGCCGUUGGACAAUCCAGCGUCGUUCAUGGACAACGCGUUGCUUCGCAUGCUCAAUUACAAUUACAUCUAUUGCCUGAACGUGUGGCUACUCGUGUGCCCCGUGUGGCUCUGCUUCGAUUGGUCGAUGGGUUGCAUACCUCUCAUCACCGGCUACGACCACAGACUCUGGGCCGUUGCGGUCUUCUGGUUGACGCUCGGAGCGUUGAUCGCGUACGCUUUUCUCUUCCGUAGGGGUGAAACUGGAAGGUACACGACCGUGGGACUAGCAAUGCUGAUGGUUCCAUUUCUGCCAGCUAGCAACAUCUUCUUCAAUGUUGGAUUCGUUUUGGCGGAAAGGACACUGUACAUACCCUCGGCAGGGUACUGCCUGUUGGUCGCCGUAGGCCUACAGCGAUUCUCCACACGAUUUGUCCUACCGAAGGAAUCGUCGAUCGCGUAUGCAGCGUUGAUCGCGUUACUCUUUACGCGUUCCUGGGUGAGGAGCGAUCAGUGGAGAAGCGAGAAAGAGCUUUUCCAAUCAGCAUUAAGCGUAUGUCCCCUGAAUGCCAAAGUGCAUUACAAUAUCGCGAAAAAUGCCGCGGACGCGGGAAACGUCGAUCUCGCGAAGCUGGAGUAUCGCGAAGCCCUGCGAUUAAAUCCAGAGUACGCCCAAGCCAUGAACAAUCUCGGCAAUUUACUCAAGGACAACGGGCAGCUGUCCGAAGCUGUAGGCUUGUUCAAAGAGGCCGUCAGUUUACAGAAAGACUUUGCCACCGCAUGGAUGAAUCUAGGUAUAGCUCAGUCGGCGCUCAUGCGAUACGAGGAAUCGGAAGCGAGCUAUUUUACGGCUCUACGGUAUCGAUCAAAUUACCCAGACUGCUUUUACAACCUAGGCGUAUUGUAUCUGGAGCGAAAACAGCACGACAGGGCGUUGAAGGCCUGGAUAAACGCGACCAAGCAAAAGCCAGCGCACAGACGAGCGUGGACGAACAUGGUUCUACUGUUGGACGAUCUAGGUUCGUACGAAGACGCACGCGCGGACGAACUUCAGCUAAGAACAAACGCCCUUCGCACCCCUCGUGUCACACACGUGUGCAAAUAUCCAAUUUUAGGUAGGACAGAAGAGGCACUGGAAACGGCGAGCGAAGCUUUAAAGCUGAUCCCGGAUCACGCUCCGAUCUAUUUCAAUAUCGCCAACAUCUUGGGAAAGAAGGGAAGAUAUCAAGAAGCGGAAGUUCAGUUCAAACUGGCGAUAUCGAAAAGCCCAACAGAUCCCAUGAUUUACGCAAAUUUCGGUGUUCUGUAUCAUCGUUGGAACAAAUUGCAUGCAGCAGAACAAAUGUACAGAAGAGCGUUGCAACUGAAACCGGAUCUGUACAGCGCAAGAAACAAUUUGCAAAAAUUGUACGCUUUAAAGGCGUCGACAAUAUAAAAGUUUCUUCCUUCCCAUUUUGCAC